AGUGUUGAAUUCCAUUCAAUUGAUUGUUCCACGAUGAUCGGUAGAAUUGCGAUUUGGUCUGUACACGACCGAUCAUUACGGAAUCCCGCCUGUUAGUCACGAAGUUGGGUGUCUGUGGAGUCCUUCAUUCUGUUUAACAAUACUCUGUUGAAGACUUUUCCCGGUAUUGAGAGAAGAGUGAUGCCCCUGUAAUUAUCACAGUUGCUGAGAUCGCCUUUCUUUGGUGUUUUGACCAGAAGUCCUUCUUUUUAGUCUGUUGGUACUUGUUCCUCAUCCCAAAUCUUACUGAAGGGAAUGUGGAAUAUCUUUGCAGUUACUGCUACGUCUGCUUUCAGUGCCUCUUUCGGAAUGUUGUCUGGUCCUGAUGCUUUUUCGCUCUUGAUUUGUCUGAUAGUCAUCCUGAUCUCUUCGACUGUUGGUGGGCCAACAUCGAUUGGGUGGUCCGUGGGUGCUACUUCGAUGUUGGGGGGGUUCAGUGGGGCAGGUCGAUUCAAGAGUUUUUUGGAGUGCUCUACCUACCUGUGUGCUUCCUUCUCUUGCAGCCAUUUCUGCCGUCAUUUCUAAAUCUUCCAUAUAUUUGCGUUUGUCGGUUCUGAUGCUCCUC